AUGAGGUUGUUGAGAACCAAGACGAAACUGUUUGCCAGCUUUUUUCGCAGUAACCGUCAGUCAACAUGCAACAAGUUCAUCGUGACUGGGUUUGAUAUUGGCUCAUCAGCCGAAGAAGAGGGUAAAGUUGGUGGCACAGUCGUAUUGUACAGACAUGGUACACUUGCUCAAGAAGACUUCGAGCCACCAAGCCAACCGGGAAAGCCUCAGUGUGACGUCAUCGAUCAUAGUACUGUCAAUGUCUCAUGGUCUCCGCCAGAUAAAGGCGUGGACGGUGUACAGGGGUACAUCGUCAAAUACAAGAGGUUUCGUGGGAAGAACCAAUCCGGUGAUAUCUUGGAUGAAGUUCGCACAGAAAAGGGAGACACUUGCUGCACAGUUAGGAAUCUGGAACCUGAUGAAGUUUUACGAUUCCAGAUCACAGCAGUCUGUUCAGUAGGCGUCAGUCCAGACAGUGAAAGCAGUGACAGGGUGACGACUCUACCGGCCAGCCCUCCAGGGAAGCCAGAAGCGCGUCCUGCUUCAGCAUCCAGCAUCGCUCUUGAGUGGGAACAUCCUGCUCAGUCAGGAAAACAUGUCACCAUCCGAAGUUAUUUUAUCAAGUUUGGGAAGGUUGUAAAUGGGGCAGUGCCAAAUUGGCAACCAGAAGUAGGGACUGGAUCUUCGGAAGGAAGGUUUACCGUACGCAAGCUGGAAACCAACGUAUCCUACGUGUUUCAGGUGGUUGCCAUUUAUGAACCUUGGGCGACUAGUCUCCCAAGUACGAACAGUGAUGUCUGUGCUACGCUACCUGUGAGCCAACCGGGCAAACCGGAGCUGGGCGAUGUUACGGCAUCAAGUGUCGAAAUGAAGUGGACAAGCCCUACCAAAAUAGGUCCAGGAGUGAAGCUCAAGGAAUAUUUCAUAAAAUACGCUGAGGUUGAAGAACAGCAAAGCCAGAUACCAGAAUGGAAGUGGAAACAGGUAUGGACCUACAGUCUACACGAAGAAUAUAAGCUGUCUGGUCUACUGCCGAACAGGACGUACAUAUCUCGUGUCGUACUGGUGCUUGAGGAUGACUACAUUACACAGAGUGAACCCAGUGUUCCAUUUACGACGCUUCCGGCUGGCCCACCGACUGACGUGACAGUUGAACAGACAUCAGCGACAGAUAUCAAGGUCUCUUGGUCGAAGCCUACAUUAAUCAGCCAACAAAAAGCCAUCAAACACUAUCGGAUCGAUUAUCAGAUUGUCGGUGUUACUAACAAUGUUGAACAGAAGGAAGUUAAUACCAGCGACGAUUCUCUCACUUCUACCAUCAAAGACGCCACACCAGAAACCAAGUUCAAAAUCUGGGUGACUGCCGUCUGUGGUGAGGAGGACAAAUUGGGUGAGAGUAGCAAAGUUGUCUCAUUCACUACCAAAAAAUUUCUAAAGCAUGAAAUAAAAGUCAACGCCAAGACUCUGCAACCCGGAAAUAAAAAGAACGGAAAACCGUGCAUCUUGAAAUUCCCACUUAAAGAAGUGUGCCGCAGACCCUACUGCCAAAGUUUUAGCUUCGGUGAGCCACCGAAAAUGCAAGGUGUCGAACACAAAGUGAUCAUGGUGGUUGGUGUAACUGGCUCGGGCAAGAGUACCCUCAUCAAUGCGAUGGCCAACCACAUCUUGGACGUUGACCGGAAAGAUGACUUCCGCUUCAAGAUGGUCGAUGUAGACGAGGCGAGAGGGUCGUCUCAAGCUCACAGCCAGACUCAGAUCAUCACAUCUUACACUAUCUAUCGCAACAAUUAUCUCAGCCUGCCCUACACUCUGACUAUAAUCGACACUCCCGGCUUUGGGGACACGCACGGCAUCGAACGAGACAAGGCAAUCAAAGGUCAUAUCGAACAGUUCUUCUUGGAUGCCGAGUCCCACGGUAUCGAUCACAUUGACGCCAUCGGGUUCGUCGUUAAGGCGUCCGAUUCUCGGUUGACCACGACCCACAUGUUCUUGUUCGAUUCUCUUUUGUCUGUGUUUGGGAAGGAUAUAUCGGACAACAUUUUCCUUUUGGUGACGUUCGCAGACGAGGGCGAACCGCCUGUUUUUGAUGCAGUCCAGGCAUUUAUUUCGUACGUGGACACUGAUAGUGCAUUCAAGUUCAACAACUCUGCACUAUUUGUGGGGUAUGACACGGAUCGAAAGGGUUCAAAAAAGAAAGCCGGUAAAGCAGCAAAAGUUAAAAUGGUCGACGUGUUCUGGAAAAUGGGUAAGGAAAACAUGACAGACUUCCUUCUGGAAAUCCAGACCCUGGAACCUCGAAGUCUUGUCCUGACGAAGGAAGUACUCGAAGAAAGAAAGCGUUUGGAGGUGAUGGUACAUGGUCUUCAACCUCAGAUUAAUCUUGGAAUUUGCAAGCUGGCGGAACUACAGUGGGAACAUCAGCUUCUUCAGCAACACGAGAAAGAUAUCGAGGCAAACAAAGACUUCAAAUUCGAACUUGAAGUUCCAAAGUCCAAGAUGGUUGAGAUAACUGGAGAAUUCAUAACCAACUGCAGCAAAUGUCACUUCACCUGCCACUACCCAUGUGGUAUUGCGGACGACAAGAAGAAAGAUAGGUGUUCGGCAAUGAAAGAUGGUGUUUGUACUGUUUGCCCAGGAAAAUGUGCAUGGAAUGUGCAUUUCAACCAGCCUUACAGGUUUGAGUUCUUUAAGGAGAAGGAGCGGAGGACCUACGGAGAAAUAGAAGCAAUGUACAAAGAUGCAUCAGGGAAGAAGAUGACAGUAGAACAGGUGAUUAAAAAGCAGGUUGAAGAAGUAAAAGCGGUUCGCGCUUGUGUCUGCAAAUUAGUGUCGGACACGCGUCAAAGUAUCAUGCGUCUAGAGGAAAUUGCGCUAAAGCCAAACCCACUAAGCAUCCCGGAGUACAUAGAUGUCUUGAUUGAAAGUGAGAAAAGCAGUCACAAAAAAGGUUGGCAAACGAGAAUAAAUGCACUGCAGGGAGUAAGGAAAGAGGAAGAAAUGUUGGACAAGGUCAAGGAUGAAAAUUACAACCCCUUCGAGAACUACAGUAACACGUUUCAGCCUGCUGGAAAAGACAACAAAUCGAGAUGGUUUGGGAGGUUUUUGUCAUCAUGGAUGUCAUAA